AUGGUGGACAAUGGCGGAGCAUCCAAAACUCUGCCUCAAUAUAUUGCUGCUCUAUCAGUUUGCCUGGGAGCCGUUGCUGCUGGCACCGUUCUUGGUUGGACGGGAAACAUUUCCGAGAAGUUAACAAACUCUACACUGAACUCAACGCUGAAUGACAUCGACAUCGACAAAGAUGCUUCUGGGUGGAUAGGCUCUUUUGCUACUUUAGGAGCCUUGGUCAUGUGCUUUCCAAUAGGCUACAUUUGUGACUUGAUCGGCAGAAAAUGGGGUUGUCUUAUGACAGUAAUUCCCUUCUCCGUGGGAUGGCUCCUAAUAAUAUUCGCUGGGAAUACUGGAAUGAUAUACGCAGGACGAUUUCUUACAGGUCUAGCAGGAGGCGCUUUUUGUGUGGCAGCGCCUAUUUAUACCAGUGAAAUUGCAGAGGAUAAAAUCCGUGGUACUCUUGGAACCUUUUUCCAACUCCUUCUCACAGUAGGAAUCCUUAUAGCUUACAUCGCUGGGGCGUAUAUGUCACCUGUAGGCGUUUCAAUUAUUUCCGCUAUAAUACCGUUAAUAUUCGCUGCCUCCUUCUUCUUCCAACCUGAAACUCCUGUGUACCUCAUGAUGAAAAAGAAGGAGAGAGAGGCACAAAACUCAUUGAAAAAACUGCGGGGUUCGUCUUAUAAUUGCGAUGACGAACUGAAAGAAAUAAGAGAACGUUUAGAGGAAGACGCAAACAACAAUGCCAACUUUUUCGAAGCAGUUAAAACUACUGCCAGUAAACGUGCUAUUUUCAUUUGUUUUGGAUUGAUGUUCUUCCAACAAAUGAGUGGAGUCAAUGCUAUAGUUUUUUAUACUGGAAGUAUAUUCACAGCAGCAAAAUCAUCUCUGGAAUCCUCUACUGCUACUAUCAUAGUAGGUGUCACUCAGGUUCUAGCUACAUUCGUUUCCUCGUUGGUCAUAGACAGAUUCGGAAGGAAAAUUCUUCUUCUUUGCUCAAUUAUCUUCAUGAUGCUCUCUGGUUUAGUGGUGGGAAUCUUCUUUUCUCUCAGCGAUAGAAAGGUUCUAGAUGACGAUGGAAUUGCUAAAAUAGGGUUCUUGCCAAUUAUGGGCCUGAUAAUAUUCAUGAUAGCAUUUUCUCUUGGUUUUGGACCUAUUCCGUGGUUAGUGUCUGCUGAAUUGAUGCCACCUGAAAUAAAAUCAACUGCGUGUUCGUUAGCAGCAAUUUUCAACUGGUUCUUAGCAUUCAUUGUUACUAGAUUCUAUGAAAAUUUGAAAAAUGCCAUAGGAGGUGAUUCAACGUUCUACAUAUUUGCUGGUAUAUCUUUUAUAGGUAUUAUUUUUGUAUUCAUGUUUGUACCUGAAACGAAAGGUAAAUCUAUAUCGGAAGUACAAAAACUUCUCAGUGGUGGAGAGAAUAAACAUUCCAUUGAUUAUAGGGACGGAAUUGAAAAUCCUAAUUUCGAGAAAUAA